AUGGCUGAGCCGACAUACACCGUAUUCGUUCGGGUGCCCAUGCCCCGGGGUGACUUUGUUGAUCCUCCCCCAGUGAACUGGGACUCCAACAAGGACGAGGCUCUAUGGAAGAUCCUAUCUGGAGCUGCGAAAACGGAGAUUGACUGUCAUCUUGGUUUGUCAACUGUCGUGCAGCUGAUGCUCAUCCGAAUUCACGGCACCGGGACCCCGCUGAAUGCGUCGAUACGACCAGUCAUCUCACGGAAUCCAUCAACGAAUACAACAGUCCUGCGGGACAUGACGGGAGGUUCGGCGUCGCCCCGGCCGGGAAUGGGCAUAGCAUCAACACGAACCGGCGAACGACGACGUCUGACAUCACUGCCCAUCUCAAACGUACCUAAGUCGCCGGAGAGAGUGGCGCAGCCAGAUCCAUCACCAGACGAACAAAGCGCGUCGCCCGGGCCAGCAGAUGAUAGCUCGACCAUGUCAUCUGAGGAUGAAUCCAGCCCUGCACAGUCUCGAAUUAUUCGUCGGCCUCCUCGAUUCCAGCAGAACGAUGGAGGAGCGUAUGAAGAUGAUGACGACGACGAGUCAGAGCCUGCUUUUCAACCCUACACAGCCCCGUCAAACCAGACCUCUGCCCAGGACCUUGGCUCAACACUGCGGGAAGAUGGGCGGGGCUCAGGCAAACGAUUCACAAAGAAACAUGGAAAGGAGGCCAUCCACCAGUCUCAAACAUCCGACUCUUCGGCUAGCUCUGCUGCAAUGGUCCAUCGGCCAGGCAAGUCGCGGGAGCAGCGGACACCCGGGCCCCUUUCACCACGCCGAGCAGCGGAGCUGGCUGGCCACAGUCCAGGCAACAAGAGCAGGGGAUACUCCCGUGAAGGCAGCGACGGAACGCCCAGCAUGGGUAGCAGUUUUAGUGAUCUUGAUGGUAGGAACUUCCACACUCAUCAUAACCUCUUCAACUCAACUCAACUCCACCUCUCCUCCCUUCUAACUCGACCUUCUUUCUUACUUCCACAUCGCCAAAGCUUCACAUACCAUGUUUCGCCGAUGUUGGCCUUGGAUGAGAUCCGUUCCAUCGAGAACCCCGACUGCUACUACAAGUUCUUUAUCAGCAAGAACAUGCGCGUCAACGAACGCCAGCGCUUCCACUUCAACGGUGCGAUGCAGGACAUCAUUCACGAUCGCUUGAUGAAAAAAGGUCUCUUGAGAAUCCCGCUCGGCACAGACGAGAAGCACUGUCCUAUCUUCAUCUCGCCCAAAACCACCGUCGCAGCGCGCAUCAUUGUCAUUUUGGGUGAACCAAUUCAGAAUGUCGGCAUGCUCGCCGGCCGCGUCGCCAGCGGUCCUGGAGGUCUUACAAAGGGCAGCAUUCUCUCCGUCGUCCGGGCCAUCGCCAAGCAAAAGGGCAACCUAAAGGCCCAAUGCCCUCCAUCUAUUGUGCUCGCAAACAUGGGAGAGCGACACUGGUGGCCCGAGGGAAAGCGCUCCAUCACAGUCGCAGACAGCACCGACAUUCCUCUGCCGAGUUUGGUGCACACUGGGCGCAAGUACAUCAAGGAGCUCAACGAGAUCCCCGGGAGUGAGACUGCCGCCGCGCACAUGGCGACCGUCUUCAAGAACAUUGCCGAGUGGAACAAGCAUGCUAAAAUCGAUGUCAUUGCUAUUGGGGAGAGCUGUGAAGUUGCGCUCAAGUUCUUUGAGGACAAGGAGAAUUGGGAGAAAUGGGGGGGUCGGAUGGGUGGCAUGCUCAUGUUUGGCACCCGCACUCGUGCCUACCUUGUCUCCCCUGAGCCUCUCGACACUCCCCUGGCCACGGCCCGAGGCAACCCAUCCCUCUCGAUCGAACCUCUGGGUUGCCCCUGUUUGUCUUCUGGAGAGCCACACUACGUCGAGCUCAUUGCCAUCAAAGCUCUUGAGCCUGCUCUCGCCUACCUCCAGGAAAUUGCCCUCACAAAGGGCUUUGUUAACCCCGAAAUGGCCGUGGCCGAGAGACCUCCCACCGACUUUACCGACGAGGACUGGAGCAAGUUGCCUGAAGAGAACAAGCCCGGCGUCGUCACCCUGGAUCAGGAAGAGAUGAAGAAACGGAUCAAGGAGCUGAGACGCUGGAAGAAGUUUGAAGAGACUGGUCAAGCCCCUGACUGGGACUCUGAUGACGAGGAGGAGGAGGAACUCCCACAGGGCUCAGGUAAAGAAGGUUGGCGUGAGGGCGACGCGUGGUAA